GCCAUUAGGUCAUCGAUGAUUAGGGUUUCAUACUUCACCCCCUAUAAAAAGGAUUCCGCCCUUCGUUUCAUCGCCUCCUUCUGCUUAGAGCAAACUAAACAAGGCGAAUCCUCAGCCGAGGCAUCAGCAUCGCCCCCAUCCCUUUCAGCGGCCAUGGUGAAGUAUUCCAGAGAGCCCGACAACCCCACCAAGUCCUGCAAGGCCAGGGGUAAGGACCUUAGGGUUCAUUUCAAGAACACAAGGGAAACAGCUUUUGCAAUCCGAAAGUUGCCAUUGACCAAGGCUAAGAGGUAUUUGGAGGAUGUUCUGGUCCACAAACAAGCAAUCCCCUUCCGACGCUUCUGUCGUGGUGUUGGACGGACUGCCCAAGCGAAGAAUAGGCAUUCAAAUGGACAAGGGCGCUGGCCUGUGAAGUCUGCUAAAUUCAUCCUAGAUUUGCUCAAGAAUGCUGAGAGUAAUGCUGAAGUUAAGGGUUUGGAUGUGGAUUCUCUCUAUGUAUCUCACGUUCAGGUGAACCAAGCUCAAAAGCAAAGGCGUCGUACCUACCGAGCUCAUGGAAGGAUCAAUCCCUAUAUGUCAUCACCUUGCCAUAUCGAGUUGAUCUUGUCCGAAAAGGAAGAACCUGUGAAGAAAGAGCCCGAGACCCAGUUGGCAACUAGCAAGUCUAAGAAGUCUCAAGCUCUACGCAGUGGUGCUUCAUCUUGAGUGGCAGUUUUAGAACUGGCAAUUGAAAUGAGUGCCCCAAAUUUCUGGCUGCUCCACUUUUUGCGUUUUUAAUGCUGUUAUGUAGUUGAUUUGGGCCGCAUUUGUCUUAUUUCAAAUUAUGGUUAGUUCAAUCUUCAGUGAGAUUUUUGUUGGAUAUUUUUGGUUGGAAAGACUAUUAAUUCAAGAGUUCUAUAUACAAGUAUUCUGAAA